AAUUUUAAACAGCCAAGAGGAAGCAGCUUUAUUCCAAACCGUACCGCGACCUUACGAUUGCAAACGUUUUGAAUCAAGUGAAGUUUUUUGUGGACAAAUUUGUAAAUUAAAUUUCAAAUCACCAUGAGGUCGAGAAUGACUGUCAUUCCCAAACUGAUGUCUCAAUGGUGGGAGACUCUGGACCGACCCCAUCGACUUUUUGAUCAACAUUUCGGAUUGGGAAUGAGCCCGGAGCAUUUUUUGAGGUCCUCGAUUUUCGACCGAAGAUUUCCUGCUACCUUUUUUCAACCCUGGGAAGAAUUCAUGAGGGAAUCUAUGAGGGAAUCUAUGAGAGAGUCGACGAGGGAUGAUGAGAGGGGAACUUCAGUUGUCAAGGCAGAUAAAGACAAAUUUCAUGUUGCCUUGGAUAUCCGGCAAUUCAAACCUGACGAAAUCAACGUCAAAGUUGUUGACAAUUGCAUCGUAGUCGAAGGCAAACACGAGGAAAAACAAGACGACCAUGGAUACAUAGCAAGGCAUUUUGUUAGGAAGUACCUAGUACCUGACCAGUGUGAUCCUGAAAAGACAACGAGUUCCCUUUCUUCUGAUGGAGUCCUGACGAUUACUACUCCCAGGAAGCCAGAGGCGAUUCAUGAAAAGAAAGAAAAAACCGUACAAAUUGAACACACCGGAAAACCUGCCAUCGAAAAAAAUGAAGAACCUCAAGAAAAGCAAAAGCUUGCUGCAAGUAAUUGAAAAAAAGGACCGAAACUCUUUGUAAUUUACCUCUGUUUUUGAAGACUGUUAAAAUUUUCAGAUUUCCAUUUUUUUGUAAUUUAUGGCAUCUUAGUAACUCCUAUUGACUGAGUAUAACUCAUAAGUAGAAUGUAUCACUCUUGUAGAAUUAGAUACUUAGAAUUUUUUAUUUCCACAAUUAUUUGUAGUUAACGGAAUUGUUAUUUAUGUAAGGAAAAA